AUGCAUUUUACCUGGGCAUUCGUUCCAACCCUUUUGGGCCUUACUCUCGCCGCCCCAGCCCCAGAACUGGAGGCUUAUUCCCAACUUGCAAAGCGUCCUGAAUGCACCGCGGGUUGUAUUCUUGCCUGUGCGGGCUUAGGUCCUCCAAGCGCAGCAUGCUACGGCCCAUGCUUUGCAGCUUGCAUUGCAACUGCGCAGGAUGGCGGUGAAGUGGAUUAUCCAAUCUCGGUUGUUAAUGGCACCCUUGUUGCACCCAACGGUACCACUAUAUUCGAGAAAGACGAUGCCAAGAAGGAGAAUUCUUAG